AUGUAUUUUAUGUCAGAUUUCUUGAAAAUUGAGCUUGGUGAACAGAUAACAUUCUACAAACUAACAUGUGAUUUGUGUCACUUUGUUGGUCAGAAAACAGUCUUAAACUCUGAACAAAUAGUGAAAUUGACUUCUGGGACCUUACCUACUCCAUUGAAUGUAGCCAUUCCUGUUCCAAGUCAGCUACAAGGAUCUAAAACUGCAGUUUUGUCUGGAUCAAACAGGACUGCUCAGAAUAAGAAGGAAGCUGAUGGCCUCACCCAGUUUUGUGCAGCUGCGUUAAAAAGACAGGAAAGAAUAAUUAAAAACAGACAGUCUGCACAUCAGUCACGAAUGAGGAGAAAAGAAUAUGUUGAAAACUUGGAAGCCGAGUUAAAGCAGAUGACUGCUGAAAACUGUAGUUUGCGAGAAGAAAACUGUCAACUGAAAUUAAAAAUAUCUGUUCUUGAAAAUGAAGUUUUGAAGCUAAAAUCUACAUUUUCUCCUAAGAAAAUCAAAACUACAUUCUGUUUCAUGUUUGUGAUUUGCAUACUUACUUUGAAUUUUAGCAACUAUAGUUCCGUCUUUGAUGCCAAAAAAAUGAAGCCUUUGAAACAGGACAUUGAAGGGCAUCGAUUUGGAAGAAUUUUGCUGUGGGAGAAUGAAAAUGGAACAAAACUAACCAACAGUUCCAAAACAGACUUUCGGAGCAAAUAUGUAAAGAGAGAAGUUGCUUCUUAUAUUGAAGAGUGGGAUCAAUCCUAUAAUUCAUCAUCUUGCCAUCAUCAUAUCAAUAAAACAGAAUCUUUGAGGUUGGAGAAUGAUCUCCUUGGAUGGGUGGAAAGAGUCGAAAAGAAGCAGAAGUUGAAUCAUUCCAAACUUAAAAAGAAUAAGAUAAAUCUCAAGUCUCCUGUAUUGCCUCUGCCAAAACUGCAAUCAGGUCUUAGACAAAGAAUGGUUCAAAGAGAUGUAUGGGGUGAAGAUAGAAAUUGGAAUGAGAUUUUAAUUUAUGAAACCCCAAGAAAAAUAUAUGAGCAGUUUUUUGGUGAACUUCAUCGAAGAGAAGAUACUUUUUAUUUUGUUUCAUUUUCAGGGGAUCAUUUGCUGCUGCCUGCAAUUGCUCAUAAUCAGACUCAUCGUCCACGAAUGUCUUUUGUUAUGCCAGCAAUGACUUUUAAUGAUUCCAUCAAGGAUUCUAAGGACCAUGUGAGUAUGAUGCAAAUUGACUGUGAAGUCAUGGAUACUAAACUAAUAUAUAUCAAACACUCUAACAUCCCUGAGCAUCUACGACAGGACCCUAAUAACCGAACAGACACAAACUCAAAACAUGGUUCGAGUUCUACUAGGCAGAAUCGACAGAGAUUACAUGGUUCUUCUUCUGAAUCUUCUCAUAGAACUGAAGGAAAAGGGUGAAACGAUAUAUUUUUAUAUCAUUGAUUUUCAUUGCAAAAUGACGUAUGAUUUUAGGAUUUGGAAGUGUUUUACUCCCAAACAUUGACGUUGAACAAAAACCAUUUCGUAGUGUAUUUCAGGGAUGAAAUUUCUCGCACAUCAAUGCAUUUUACAAGCAUUUUUGAAGAAUGUUAUGUGACAAAUUCAAGCAUAAUAUAAAAUGAUGCUCGAUUAUUUUUUUUUACCAAGCCAUGCUUGUUUGCAACAUAAAACAAAAUAUCACAAACCUGUGUUGCUUUAUUGGUGAGCUUGAACAAUCUCUAGUGCAGUGCACUCUAUUUCUAGAUAUAAUUCUUCUAUUACAGAGCUGUUAUUCAACCAGUGGUUGAAAUAGAACACAUAUGAGUGAAAAUUAAAAUUAGUUUUAAAAAGAAGGAGCAAAAGAAAAACAAUAGAAAUGAAGAAAAACCUAUUUCAUGUUUUGAAACUAAAAGAUAAUUUGUUGUUUAUUACAUGUAUUGUUGAAUGAAGAUGUAAAUAAAAAAAUUGCUUGAAAGCAAAUUAUACAGUUGACUCUCUGUUUAACGACUUUCAAGGGACCACAAAAAAUCGUCCUUAAGUAGAAUGCGUCCUUAAAUAGAAUGCUUUUAACAUUAUAGUGGACCAUUUGGGACUGUGAAAAACUGUCUUUAAAUAGAGAAAGCCGUUAAAUAGAGAGUCGUUAAACAGAGAACCUACUGUAUAUGUAUUCAAACAAAUUGUUGAAAUAACUUUAUGCAUCAGGUUUAAGGUGAUUUUCAUUAAUUUUCUCUAUAUCAGCAACAGUCAUUAAAAUUGAGAAAACUAAAAGAUACAAUGAAUAUUUUUAAAGAAUUGAUUUCUAAAGUAAUCUUUUGUUUAUGAAUAGAUAUGUCCGUUACUUAUAGCAUAUUGUAAAAUUAUACAAUUGAAACAAAACUUUUUUCCUUGAAAGAUUUCUUCUCAUUUAAUUGUUUUCCUGCUUUUCUCACAUGUGUUUUUUAAACGUAAGGCAGCCAACCUUAGAAGCCCCAUAGAGGCAAAAGUCCCCUACGGUUCUACAAAAUACUCAUGCUGAUAUUAUCAGCAUCUUGGAAAAAAAAUGUGUAUUUAUUACAAUCAUUAAAUGAUAGUUAUAAAUGUUUGAAUUUUAUUUUUUGUUCUUGAUCGCUCCCAUUGAUAGCUUUUUUGUUCUAAUGCAAAUUUUACUCAU